GGACAAAACGAGGUGCGUGAAAGGACGCGAGCCCACGCGCCGACCAGCAGAGCGACACGAUGGACAAGGUGCUGAUGGACAGCUCCGCUCAGCGGCUGCACAACGGCUCCAUGUCGGUGGUCUCCGAGCGCGGGGAGACCGCGGUCGGCGUUUACCUGCUCAUCCUGGGCUGCCUCUCAUGGGCUGGAAACAGCGUGGUCAUCGUCCUUCUCUUCAGACAAAGGCACUCGCUUGAACCCCACGACUACCUGACCUUCAACUUGGCCAUCUCCGACAUCAGCAUCUCCGUGUUCGGCUACUCCAGGGGGAUACUGGAGGUGUUCAACGUCCUGAGGGACAAUGGCUACCUCAUCACGGCCAUCUGGACCUGCCAGAUGGACGGAUUCCUAAUCCUGCUCUUUGGACUCCUCAGCAUCAACACUUUGACAGCCAUCAGCGUCAUCCGAUACAUCAAAGGAUGCCAGCCUCACCAAGCUUAUAGAGUUGACACGCGCAGCGUGGCCCUGAUUUUAGGGCUGCUCUGGCUGACGGCUCUUUUCUGGGCAGGAUCGCCGCUUGUUGGAUGGGGCAGCUACACAGGCCGCAAGUACGGGACUUGUGAGAUCGACUGGAUGAAGGCGACCUUCUCCCGGGCCUACAGGUCCUACGUGGUUGGCAUCUUUUUCUUCAACUUCUUCCUUCCCGUCUCCAUUAUGGUCUUCUCGUAUGUGUCCAUCAUCCGAACCGUCCGCUCGAGCCACAAGUCAAGCCGGGGAGGCGAGGUGACGGAGCGUCAGCGGAGGAUCGAACACAACCUCACACGGGUGUCCUUUGUCAUCUGCGUCGCCUUUCUCUUGGCCUGGUCACCUUAUGCCGUCAUUUCCAUGUGGUCCGCCUGUGGACUUCAGGUGCCCCCACUCACCAGUGUCGUGGCCAGCCUGUUCGCCAAGACUGCCAGCUUCUACAACCCCUUCAUCUACAUGGGCAUGAGCUCGAAAUUCAGGAAUGACCUGCGCAAGCUCAUCCAUUGUGUGGGCCGGAAAAGCCAGCGAGGGGCACUGCCACCACCUGCCAUCUAUAGCACAGCAGAAGAGCCCCAGCCAGCCCAUGACAUGCCACCUACUGGGGUCCACGAUGGUGUGGACCCUUCAGAGAAGGGCAGGAGGCCAUCGAGGACCACUAGCUUGGUCAUCCAGCAUCAUGCCAGCCAAUCAGGCCGCCUCUGAUCCACUGGAGCGGGAAUGCCAGGCUGGACUAAGUGAAGGUGGGCCAUCACCGGGGUCCCUGACAACGAGGAGUCUGAAAAUGAAGCAAGCAGGGUGGAAAUUUUGGAAGUUUUUUUAAUUUUGUGAACAGCUUCUCUCCAGUCUUUCUCUUCGGGUGCUUUUUUACGUUUGUGUUUUGCGGGUUUGCACAUUGCAGCGUGUUCUAUAAAUAUAAAGCAUCAAGUGUCGAUGAUUUGGGUAUAAAGUUCUCAGCCUUCAUCCACCUUCUCUUCUCACAUUUGGGAGUAAUGAAUGGCGCAGAGAGAUAAGCAGAGGGCACAAAGCAGAACUCCACCCACCAGGGGGCGCCAGUCAUC